AAUAUCCGAUGUGAUUAAAAAACUGCGAUGUGUGAAACAAUACAUUUCCAAUUCUCUUUGAUUCUAAUCGUAAAUGAUGUUCAAACGUUUAUUACUAUAAUAAUGUUGGUAACACUGGGACUUCCAAUGCCUCGUCGCUUGUAUUAGGUUUCAUCGCGUUAUGUGUCGCAGUUAAACACUCCGUGUGUUGAGUACGCACGUGUGCUGUAUUAUAUUGUAUCGUAUCGUGUCAUCCGCGUAAUCUUGACGGAAAACGCCCAAAGCAUGCAGGGUUAGGUUGUGACGUUUUCUUCAGCGGUCCUCUUUCCCGGACAGCGCAUCACUCGCAGACAAAUCGCGUUUACGGUUUUUGUUGUAACCUUGAAACAAUGUCCCCGACGGGGACAUCGCAGGAUAUAACAAACAUAUCGCUGCCAGUCGUCGAUAGAUAGUAUGGGACAGCAUAACGACACCAUGAACUGCCAGCGCACAAUGUUCAACGAAAAGGGCGACAACGGGCUGCUGAUCUGCGGCAGUCACGUACCGCCCGAACUGCUGACGGAGAUAUUUUGCCGCGCCGAGCCCAAGUCGCUGUUGAACUGCCAGUUGGUAUGUAAACGCUGGAAGAUACUGAUACAGAGCUACGUCUGGCGUAAGAAGGCGGAGAUGACGGCGGGUAAGUUGCUCCCGCGGCACGAGGAGAUACCAUGGCAGGCAUUUUAUCACAUGUGCAAGAAGAAGCCAUUUGAGAGGAACCUAUUGAGGAACCACUCUGGGCAGGAUGGGAAGAGACACUGGCACGUCAUAUGCGAAAACGGUGACCGUUGGGCAGUUGAGAAACCACCCAUCGGCGUACCAGAAUUACCGUCUGAACCGGUGUUUGAAGGGGGACAGGUUUGUUUUGCAACAUCAUACAAGAGCUGUAUCAAACAACAGGUCAUAGAUAUGGUAGCUGAAGGAUUUCACCCGUGCUUCCUGGACGUCGUGCAACCACCUAUAAUGGUGAGUGAAUGGUACAGCUCUCGAUGGGACUGCCCAGCCAUUUAUGAAUGUCACGUCAGAUUGUUAGGAGGAAUUGAUGACUGUACUCAGAAGCAGACAAUAUUAGACGAAUUUCGAUAUCGCGAUACCAUGGAAAAUGAAAGACAAAACCAAUGGCAUUUCGUCUCGCACGUAUUUGAAAACUACGGUUGCGGUCUUAGAAAAAUAAACUUUAUGCACGGUGGAAUGGACAAGUCAUACUGGGCAGGACAUUACGGUAGCAAAAUGGCUGGAGCAUGUAUUUCUGUGAAAGUUCCUCAGGUUCAGUAUGAUUAUGAUGAUGAGCUGGACCCGUUUCUAAAUGAAUGAGACCAUUGUUUCCAGAUUAAUAUAUAUAUUUUUAUCAUGCCUUGAGCAAAGUUAAAUAAAUAUGUAAAACUUUGUAAAUACGAUUCAUAAAUUAAAAUAUAAAUAUAAAAUAUAAAAUUUUUCUGCAAAAUCUAUUUAUUACUGAAUGCAGAUUACUGUUUCUUGAUAUAUUGCGUAUGUUGUAUAUGUAACUGAUCAGGCAUAUAACAAAAUAAAAAUUGAAUGAGCAC